AUGGAAACAUUACUCCCAGAUAUUCCUUGCCAUUCUGGAAAGCACAUUGCUGGGGCUCGAAAAGGGAUUCAGCUCAGUUUUGCACUACUCGAGCCCGUUGUAUUUUUGCAAGGGCACAGCACACAUAGCAGUGCCUGCAAAGACAAGGCGACCGUCGUCCGGGGGUUUCUACAUAUGAAAGUCACUGAACGGAUCAAAAUCAAGCGGAUUUCUAUCUACUUGCGCGGGCUGGUUAAGUUAGAGCUAUCGGAUGUUGAGCUUGUGGGAAAUAGAGAUCUGAUCACGUCUGGUAUCACCUACUUCGACCGCGGGCAGACAGCUCAAAUAGGCAAUGUCUAUGGAGUAGACAUAUGUCACAUACCGGACCAAUCUGGCACAGAUACAGAGAGAGACCAACGCGCCAAAAAGACUGCUCAAACGUUAUGGAGGGGUCAAUCUCUUCCUCCCGAGUAUAACAUUGGUAGCAGCUUACAGCAGCCUAGAAUCUCGGGGGCCGUCAGCAAGAGCGCUAUAUUUCCCGUGGAUGAUUACCUGUAUAGCUUUGAAUUCCUCCUACACAACUCCCUUCCGGAGACCAUCAAUACCGAGCUGAUAUCUACCCGAUAUUAUCUGGAAGCUAUGAUCGAACCAUCUGGCCCAUUCUCUUCAAAGAUGGUUUCUCAGCUUGAUGUCCCGGUUGUUCGACUGCCAGCAGAAAACUCCCUGGAGCUGAUUGAGCCGAUCAUUUUCUCCCGCAAAUGGCGUGAGCAGCUCGCGUACGAUGUUUGCAUUUUCGGAAAGUGUUUCCCUCUUGGCUCGCAGAUACCAAUCAGGGUAAAAUUGACCCCGCUAGUCAGCCUACGAUGUCACUGGAUCAGAGUAUACGUGUCCCAGCACGUACAGCAUCGGACAAGGGGCCAAACAGGUCGCUUUUUGCAGCUGCCGACGAAAAAAGUACUUCUGUUCGAAAAGCAGGCCGGGCUUGCAAGCUACAGCUCCUACCCAGGCAGCACCAUGCGAAUCACGACGGCAGAGGGCACAGCAAGACUCCCAGGCAUGCAAACAACGAAUCUGCUAGGGGACGAAUCGGAAACCUCUGACAUCAAAUUGGAGAUACAGCUGCCUCGAUGCCCGGAAAUGAGGAUCAAAGGAAAAACUCAGUGGCUUCACUUCAGUACCAAGGACGGCAGUCCGGAGGUGAAUCAUUGGAUCCAGAUUGUUUUGUGCCUUUCAACAGCAGACCAAGACCGUAUGGGCUCAAACAAGGCUCGGCCUGUGGAAUUGACGAUCGAGUCACCUUUUACUAUUCUGUCCUGCAAGGCUACCCCGGCAAAUAUCUAUGUUCCACCAUAUGAGGCCGAAGGUGCUAUCAAAGUGACUGCGUCUCAAGAAGGUCAAUGUGGGUGUGGCCAAAGUACUCGGUCAAUAUCGCUCGCGUCGAGGCACGAAGCAGAGGAACCUGACACCGAAGCGAGGGACAAUUUGACGUCCGUUAAAGGACAAUUCCCGAGAGAUAUUACGCAGCCGCUCAGCUUCGAUAAUAUGUCCAGUGACAUCAAGCAGCCCGCUCGAGCCCAUUUACCCGAUUGGGGACUUCCUUCUGAUGUACUUCACCGGCGACGUGAUCCGUAUAGAAGCAGGCAAUGGUACGGCGGAUAG